GACCUGGAGGCUCAUUGGAGCAGCAUUGACUCUCGGCUCAACCUGAAUUUGGUCUCACCGACCACCCGUUCUCCCUCCCCUCGCGGAGAUCGGCGUCGAGAUGAGUGUAUGGAUUUGUUGCUUCCAGCUCUGCCUGUUGCUACGGGCCAACUGGGUAAAACAACUCGGACUGGCUUUGUAUCUGACGUUCGGCUCACCUUAACCACCUUCGUUCAUGUACAGACAUGCUCUUCUGCUUCGCCCCCCUCCUUUUCACGGUUCUCCUGUCGAGCCAGCGCAGACUUUCUCUCCGUGACUCUGUGUGUGUCUAAUCGUCUGCUCUUGGAGCAAUUAAUGUCUCUGCUCCCUUUUGGCCGUUCUAUUCCACAUCACAUCGCACGUCCCACUUGCUCUUUUGCCGCGGCCUACUUUCCGCGAACCCCUUUUCACACCACGUUCCUCAUUCACCCCUUCGCCUUAUUAGUUUAUCCUACGCCUUUGGGCGAUUGUCUUUUUCGCUGUGCUCCCCCACACACGAUAUUACUGCCUUGCGGCUCGCAGAUCCUGUCAUUCAUAGCCUUCACCAAUUGUCGACGUCGGUACAUUUUUGCAUUUCAGCCACUUUUUGACACAAUCCGGCCGACCGCAACGACCGAGGCCACGGAUGGCCGCCCAAUGUUCACGACGCUGCUGAACCGAUGUUUCACAUUUUUCACAUCUUUCACAUAUUUUACAUGCCCAAGUUGGAUCGGCGUCUUCCGAUACUCGGAGGCUCCAACUGCUUCCGCUUAUUCUGUACUUCCAGAUGCUUCAGUCGUUCGCAUUAUUUCUCUUCCUUCUAAAGGCUCCAAAGUCCCCCAAACCACCGAUGCUGCAGAUGCCCGAAAUGCUCUAGACGCUUUGCAACUUCUUCACCGGCCUUAG